AUGUCGCUUCUCCCGACCGAGUCUCGCUCCCGCGACCCGGUGAGCACCGACUGGGACGACAUUCAGCGCCGGCUCGGCAACCUGCCACCGCUCGAGGAGGCGGCGUCGGCGCUGGCGUGGGAGCCCGAGGAGGCGAGCGACAGGGCGCUGCAGCAGAGGCUGGGUCCCGCCGAGGGUGGCGCGCCGGGCUGCUCCGAUGACGCGUCGGCCGACACGGAUGCGCUCGAGCAGUGGCGCGCCGAGCGGCUCGCUCAGCUCAAGGGCUUGGCGGGCGGUUUCGGCACGCUUGUGCUCAUCACGCGCGAGCAGUUUGUGGCCGAGGUGAACCGCGCCGGCGACGGUGUGGGCGUCGUCGUCUUUCUGCACAAGCCGAAGCACUACCCGUCGGCGUACAUGGAGGUGCUGCUCGAGCGCCUCGCAGCCAAGCACCGCGCCGUCAAGUUUUGCCGGAUCGGCCACCACGACUGCAUCCCCGACUACCCCGACGCCAACCUGCCCACGCUGCUCAUGUACCGAGACGACGACCUGCUGCGCCAGUGCGUCGGGCUCGCCGCGUUCGGCGGGGACGCCUACGGCGUCGACGACGUCGAGUGGGAACUCGCCGAGGCCGGGCUCGUCAGCACAGACCUGCCUGCGAACCCGCACGCGCAGCGGCAUCGAACACGCCGCUCGAUGGACUCCAUCCCUUCGAUGGCUGUCAAGGAGACGGGGUCGGAGGUCAGCGCCUCGAUAGAGGAGACGAACCGCGUGCGUGCGGAGCUCGGUCUCAAGCCGCUGGCCGAGGGGAAGGGCUCCAACAAGGAGGCCGAGGCGGCCGAGCGCGGGCGCAAGCUGGCGGCGCAGCGGAAGCAGGAGGCGGAGGAGGAGGCGAUGCGCGCCAAGCUGGAGGACGCCAAGCGGAAGCGGCAGCUCCACGCCAAGGUGAGCGGCAAGGGCAUCGGCGAGCAGCUCGACGGCGAGGAAAUGGACUCGGCCGCGGCGUGGGUGGCCAAGUCGCGGCGCGGCGAGGAGCCGGCAGGGCUCGGCGAGCGGUACGACGAGAUGGACGAGGAGUCGCAGCUGAGCGGCGCGCUAGUGGGGCACUCGACGGACGAUUUCAAGGCGGGCGAGGACGUCGUGCUGACGCUGGCGGACGAGUCGAUCCUGGACGAGAAGGAGGGGAGCUACGCGCUGCGCGAGGGCGACGAGCUGCUCGAGAACUACGACGAGCCCAAGGAGCGGGCGACGGUGCGGCUGGACGGGUCGGGGUCGGUCGACGAGGCGCGGCUCAAGAAGCUCGCCGCCGUCAAGCAGCGCCUCGCCGCGCAGCAGGCGUCGGGCGGCAAGAAGAAGCUGCGCAAGAAGUCGCGCGCUUCGGCCGGCGCCCUCGACCUCGACGCGAUGGCGGCGGCCGAGGCGGCGGGCGAGGCGGAGGAGGAGAGCGCGGAGGUGGACGCGGAGCUGUACUCGGCGCUGGCGCGGGCGCGCCGGGUCGGCAAGAUGACGUCGGAGCGGCGGUCGGAGGACCACGCCGCCGCGCGGCUGCAGGCGCAGCUCGAGGAGGCGGAGAGGUGGGCGGCGGAGCGGAGGGACGAGGGCGGGAUCCCGGCGGGUGACGACGCGCCGCCGCCCGAGGGAUCGAUUGAGUUUUCGGAGACGUCCGAAUUUAUCAAGUCGGUGCAGGCCAAGGAGGAGAUCGACGAGGCGGCGGCCGGCUCCGACCUCCCCUCGGUGUCGUCGGGGCUGGCGGCGGCGCUGCAGAUGGCGCGGACGCGCAACAUGCUGGGCGAGGAGAAGGAGGCGGCGGGGCGGAUGUUCGACUCGAAGGGCGCGGGGCUGCACAACUACGAGGAGGGCAGCGAGGCGGAGAAGGGCGUGCAGCUCAACUACUUCGACGAGUACGGCCGCAAGAUGACGCAAAAGGAGGCCUUUCGGCAGCUCUCGUGGAAGUUCCACGGCAAGGGGCCGUCCAAGAAGCGCAAGGAGAAGCGGAUGGCGGCCUUCGAGGCGCAGAUGACCGAGCAGAAGGACGACCGCGCGAUGGCCUACAUGGGCGUGCUGCAGCGGGCGCAGCAGUCCACAAAGUCGGCCCACGUGACGGCGAAGCAGCGCAAGGCCGACAAGCCCGCGCCAAAGAAGCCAAAGCUCGGCUGAGGCUGGCAUCGUGCGGCGCCGCGGGCGUUGGCGGCGGAGCCGGUGGGGACGAAUCCGCCAGCGCCCAGGCCGGGCUUGCGAGGACAUGUAGGCACUUGCGGGCCGGGCGCCCGCAGUGCCGCCAGUACGCUGAACGGUUUGCGUGGGGUUUCGCGCGUGUCAAAGUCGGCAGAGACUCGAGGUUGGACACAGUCCUGCUGCUGCUCACACGCUCGUGUCGUCUAACGAGACUCGAGAGGCGCGCGCCCAGCUGUGGCGAGUCGUCCUGGAGAGAGCCGCGGCCGGAGGCCCCGGAGCCGGGUCUGUGGCUUGCCUCUAAAAAGCGGAACAUUAUGCUGU